UGAAGCAGGUUGGUGACUAAACAUAGACGAGGACGGAAAAAAGACCUGAAUGCUCCCUGAGGUUUGUGAAGUGAAGGCGAGUGGAGCUGCCGGCGCGCGCUGCGAUGUCAGCCGCUGUCUGUCUGCGUGAUGAGGAGAGGAGAGGAAGCUUCACUUGCACACGUUGCCGCCGCGCCGGUUUAACUGCGGACAGUUAAUUGCACACCCGAAAGACAAUUAAGCCCGUGGUUAGAGGAGCAAAGAGGUGUGAUCGGUGUCAACUUUUAAAGGAGCUCCCGUGUGCGCUGGAGCAGCCGGUGGAUGUUGCGCCAUGGCGAUAAAGACAAGACUUCGAGCCACGCUGAUGUUAUUAUGGAUGUUUCCAGGUGACACCAAGGAGGUGGAGAUCCCCAGAGGACAGAUGGAGGUGGUCAAGGGCCAGAUGGUGGUGUUACAUGCCUGGUACAGCCCCAUCUCAGACAUUUCCCAAAACUCUGUGCUUUGGCACUUCACGGGAAAAGAAUCCAAGCAGGUGAUAACCUUUAGCUUAGGCAAAGUCGGCCACAGCCAGAAUGAGUUCAACAAAAGAGUGGGCUUCAGUGCGGCCAUGCCUUCAGCCAACCUCUCCAUCUACAUCAACAACACCCAGGAGUCGGACUCCGGGCAGUACUUAUGCUCUGUCAUCAUCCCCGGCAGUGAUGGCAUUUCCGGACAAAUGCACCUAAAUGUCAAAGUCCCUCCUUCUCCCCCAGUGUGCACCAUGACAGGAAACUCAGUGGUGAAGGGCAACGUGACUCUGAGCUGUAAAUCCAGUCAUGGGAAACCCGUCCCGCAGUACAAAUGGACCAAGGCUGCACCCAUGUCGGAGGUCUUCUUCGCCCCAAUGCAGAACGAGCGACACGGCACCCUGAGGCUGAGCAACCUCACUAAGAGCAUGUCGGGGAAGUACAUAUGCCGAGCCAGCAACACCGCCGGCUCCGACAGCUGCUCCAUUAACCUGGAGGUUAUCACCUCUUCCAAUGCAGGCAUGAUUGCAGCGGCUACACUGGGCUCCAUAGUGGGACUGGUGGCCAUGGGGCUCUUCCUCAUAUUCAUACUGAGAAGGAGAGGGGACACUGAGGAGGAGAUGGCCAACGAGAUCAAGGAGGACGCUCAGGCGCCAAAGCGAGUGUCGUGGGCAAAGAGCAACACCGGCUCGGACAUCAUAUCCAAGAACGGCACACUGUCCUCCGUCGCCACCAGUCCGCAGCCCCGAGACUUCCACUACCCGUACUCGCCCAACGGCUCGGUGAUCAACGCCUACCAGCUGCGGCCCGGAGAAGCCAGCACGCUACAGGGGCUUCCCGGUUACAACACGGGGGGCACUCCGUCGCGCAAACACAAGCGACCCCCCAGCACAAACGGGGGCCCUCCGCAGCUCCUGAGGAGCCCCGUGGUCGCCAUCCCCAACAGGACUGAGGGGGCUCAGCCACAGGUGCCCCCCCCACUCACUGUGUCCCCACAGAUCAGCUCCUCCACUCUGACGCGCAUGGGAGCUGUAGCCGUCAUGGUGCCUGCUCAGAGCCAAGCCGGCUCCCUGGUGUAGGACAGCGGCUCCGCAUGGAGGGACAGAAUGCCUUGAAAUGGAAAAGCACCUUCUCCACCAACGCCUGGAAGGUUGUGAGAGAAGAAGACGCCUCGCAGGUCCCUUCGGUUUGCUCAUUUCAGUUUUUUCUUUUUGUAAGAAAUAUAUUUUUAUUCCCACUUUUAAAAGAGACUUUCAAAAAAGGAUAUCCAAUAACAUUAUGAUUUUUUUUUUAGGCAAUAUAAAUAAAACAGAGAGAGUUGUAUGAACUGAGCACAGUGUCUGGAUGCUGUCAAACCAUAACGAACAGCUAGUUUAGAGUUUUGACGUUCCUGCUAAACAGUUGUGCUUUGGACAUUUAUAUAACUAAAUAUAAACCCAUUUAACACACUUUUAUAUUUCCAUCCGUAUGGCUGUGUAAGGAUCACUCUUCAGUCACUUCUCUCAGGCUAACUGCACUAGUUCAAAAUCACAGUUCAGGUAUUUCACCUUUAUUUUGUCGUUCUUUUGACCCACUUCUGUUCACGUAGAGAUUGUUCCAUGACGUCGAUAUCUGCCGAGAGAACAUUUAGGAGUAUAUUGCCUGUUACGGUAGUUGGAAUGUAACCGAAAAUAGUGUUGAAGUUAAUGGUUUCUUACUAUUCUGUUGAAAGGUGCUUGGUAUAACAUGAUAUAAUUACUGUAAACAUGCGAGACCAUUAUUCGCUGGGAUGGUAUUAGACCAACCCUGCUGCCGAUGAUGGUCUGUGGUUUUCUUGUAAGUAUACUAUAAUGUGUUGGUGAGUUAUUGAGGCUGAAAGGCUACAUGUAGCACUUUUAAUGCAGUUUUGAUUGUUGAUCAGUUUUCAAUAAAGUGUUCUGG